AUGGCGCCCACAAUUCAAGAGCCCACUAAAGAUGUACGCAUCAACAAAGCGGUACUCAAAGAGCAGCAAAACAAGCAUCCGGCCGUCCUCGCGAAGCUACGCAACGCCAUCCCAACCGACUACUAUCCUACAGUAGAAGCCUCACAACAAGACAUAUACUAUGGACGUCCAUUCUACCCCGGCAAAGUUCUCCUCGGUACAAACGAUGGUACUCGCGUGUGGGGCUAUCUGCGCCGGAUAAUGAGUAAUCACAAGACGACAAUGGAAGUACACUACGAGGACAACCGCGGCGGCGACAAUACGGAUCAUACACCGUUUGCGCAGUCUCAGUUCGUACCAUGGUGUCGCCUUGUCGCAGAUGACGCGUGUCCUCUUGGUACUGCAGCUUGGGAGGAGCGAUUGAAGAUAGUGAUCAAGAUCGUGAUGUUGGAGGCUGGCUACUCGGAAGCCACAGUGUCUGGUAUACCCGCUGAUCUACUCGCAUCGAUACGGAAGAAUGUCGAGAAGGGUCUGCACAACGUGUCGCAAGCAGCUAGGCCAAGUAUAUACUCGUCGGCGGGCCUAAUAGCAGCUCCCGCUGCAUCGGCUUCCGCCCCCGGCCAUACUGCAGAGGGCAAAGACAGUAUCGCACUUCAUAUGUCGAGGCUUAAAUCGCAAAACAUGACAGCGACAAACUGCAUCAAGGCACUGAAAGACGUCAUCCCUGCCGAACAUUGGUUCCAGACGCGUCCCAUGGCGACCAACAUAGCACGAAAAGUCACCCUGCUAAACCCCGACGACAAGGAACACUUCGCCUUAUUCCCUGGCAAAGUCCUCAUAGGCCAUCUCCGCGACACCGACAGUACACCAGUAUGGGCAGCAUUCCGCCGUCCCAGACGCACUGCCAAGAUACAGACACCGCAGUGGCGCAUGUGCUUCUUCGAUGAUAAGCUAUUCGAGAUCGAGCUGCCCGCGACCCUAAACGGUACCGUGGAGUUCGCGCCUGGGUUCCAGCUACUCACUGAGAGUAAAGACACCGUCGUUACACGUAAGGUCUGGCUUGCUAGAGUCGGUAUGUGCGCACGUGUCGCGCUCAUCGACGCUGGACUCCACGACGAUGAGGGCUUUGCAACUCGGGGAGACGCACGGCCCAAGGAGCUGGUUGCAGUGAUCAAGAAGGCGCGACUACGACGGACACUCCAGGGAGAUGGACAGUUAGAAGCUCUGCCGCCGCCAUACCGCAAGUCGUGGAAGAACCAUACACCGGAGGCUUCUGCUGUGGAUGCUACCGUGCGUGAUCCAGUACAGGCGCCUACAGACACCCAACCCAGGAAUGACGAACAGCAAGCACAAUCGCCCCCGGAGGAUCUCAUCCAAGAUCUCAUCGAGAUAUCCGAAGACGAAGACGACAUCAUGGAAUCAGGCUACCAGCUCCGCGCAUCCAGUCCAUGGCCCACUUUCCCGAAGCGCGAGCUCUUCACCCCGGCGCCCACCUCUACCGCUAUGAACAAGAAACAAAAGAUCGCUCCGUCCAACCGCACGUCUCUGCUCGACUUCAUCAACCUGACUACUGCCAUCGACACCCCGGAUACCACUGCGCUCGAAAAACAGGUCCGCGCAUUGACUGAAGCCAAGACAUCUCUAGAAGAGACUGUCAACGAUAUGAAAGCACAGAUCAGCGACUAUAAGAAGAAGAAUCGAGAGUUGCAGGUGUUCAAGGCCAAGCAUGUUGAACACUGCCAAGCUGUGAUGCUCAAGUUACUCACACAGAGGAAUGUGCGGAAUGGAAGUAGUGAGGUGGAUGCGGAGAGGGACGCGAAGACGGAGUAUACUCAGGUCUACGGUAUUGCUAUUGUGGAGGACAUUGGAGAGGACUGA